CGAGGAGGAGGCGGGUUCCCAGAAAGGCCAAUGCGGAGGAACCCCGCAAAAGCAGGCAGUGAAAGACAGCUAUUUUGCAACGAGAAAAGUCAGCUUACAGGGGUUGUUGAAAGGCCUUGCUGCUUUGCUCUGUCACUUGCAAAGAGUCUCAUUGGACGAGUCUGUUGGACUGAAGGAAGUUCGAGGCUUUAGCAACAGCGCUGAGGCGUCCUUCAAGGGUUGGUGCUGAAAGAGAGAGGGGCAAAGCAGAGCAAGGCUGGUUUGUGGGAGGAAAUGGCUGUGACGCAAGAGAUGGUGGCCAUUGGGUCUCUGUUAAAGCAAGGCCUGCAUCCAGAAAUAAAAAUGGAGGCCUCAGACUCAGCAGGCCCUGAACCAGGAGAAGAAAGGGAAGGAGCAGUUCUUCCCCAAACGAAUGUGAAACAGGAGCCAGAGGAAGGACCAUCAGGAAACUGGGAUGCCCAGUUCCAAGAGUUUCUGAGGACUUUCCAGGCUCCUCGCUUGGGAGGGGGAAAUUCACCACUGCCUGAGCAGAGGCAGUGGAAUGACUUGAAAACAUCUCAGGCGCCCUCCCAGGAAGCAUCGGACGCCCACAAGUGGCCCAGAGGAUUGUGGGUUUCCCAAAUCCAGCCGCAUCUCUCUGGGGCAGCCCGACAGGAGCACGAGACCCAUCUGGGUGUCGGUGAGAAGGGGGUGGAGGCAGCGCUUGCUGGAGAUGUUCCCGCGAUGGAGACGCAGCGGCAGCGCUUUCGGACGUUGUGCUACGAGGAGGCUGGCGGGCCUCAGGAGCUUUGCGGGCGGCUGCAGGAACUCUGCCGCCGGUGGCUGAGGCCGGAGACACACACCAAGGAGCAGAUGCUGGAGCUGGUGACCCUGGAGCAGUUCCUGUCCGUCCUGCCACUGGACAUGCAGACCUGGCUCAGAGAAAACAGUCCAGAGACGUGUGCCCAGGCCGUGAGCCUCGCGGAGGGUUUCCUUCUGUGCCAGGGAGAGGCCAAUGGUUGGGAACGGCAGGUCACAGGGAUGUCGGAAGAGCCUCCUGUGAAUCCCCUCCAGGCAAGCUGUGCCGUGUUGGCCGCCGGGAAGGCACAGCUUUCCACAGGACUUGAGCAGGAGGGCGAAGGGGACGCCAGCUUGUGGGCUGGUGACGGAUGGCUGAGAGAAAGCAACGAACAGAAACCAUUCUUAGAGAGCCCUCAGCAAACGGAACAAGUGAGCACAUACUUGCAAACAGCCAGAGAGAAAGAUUUCCUGUGUCGGGAAGGAGCUGAUGAGACCCCUGAGGGGGGAAUGGGUCUAUCGAUUCUCCCGCCAGGCGUUUGCAAAGGUAACGGUGAACUCACCAACCGGGAUGAUGAGAACGAGAUGAAAUAUGAAGAAUGCGGGGAGAGCUGUGUUCGAAGCUCACACCUUGCUACUCCCGAGAACAUCGAUGCGGAGGAGAAGCCGUACAAGUGUGGGCACUGCGGCCAGGUUUUCAGCAGCAGCUCCGACCUCCUGACGCACGAGAGGACCCACGUGGGGGAGAAACUCUAUAAAUGUUCCCACUGUGGAGAAAGAGAGAGAAUCCACACAGGGCAAAUCUCACAUAUAUGCUCUCACUGUGGGAAGAACUUUGGCUGGAUCCCACAGGAGGAUCUCCGCGAAAGAGAGAGAUGCUUUAGGUGUUCGGAGUGUGGGAAAGGCUACAAUCGGAGGUCGGACUGUGUUAAACACCGGAGAAUCCACACAGAUGAGAAGCCAUAUAAGUGUUCACACUGUGGGAAGUGUUUCAGGUGGAGCUCUCAGAUGAGAUUGCACGAGAGAUCCCACACAGCAGUGUGCUCCCACUGUGGGAAAAGCUUCAGCCAAAAAUCGGAACUGUUCGAGCAUGAAGCCACCCAUGCAGUAAAGUAGUCCUAUGGGGGAAACCUAUGAAUAAUGUGGAGUUCCUGUGAAGCAGCUUCGGCUCCAGGUGUGCCACUUUCCCACAUAUGAAAAUGUGGUGGCGGUCAUCCCACACUAGAGGGCUGUGGGCUCUCCCACACUAGAGGCCUUCAAGAGGCAGCUGGACAAGCAUCUGUCAGGCAUGCUUUAGGGUGGAUUCCUGCAUUGAGCAGGGGGUUGGACUUGAUGGCCUUAUAGGCCCCUUCCAACCCUGCUAUUCUACGCCCUUAUCUGGACAGAGAUAGCCUAGCUGCAGUUAUCCAUGCUCUGAUAACCUCUCGUUUGGAUUACUGCAAUGUGUUUAUACAUGGGGCUGCCUUUGAAAACGGUCCGGAGACUUCAGCUGGUACAAAACAGGGCAGCCCGUUUACUAACGGACUGGCUGGCGAGACCACAUUACGCCUGUCCUUUUACAAAUUCAUUGGCUGCCAGUCCAGGUCCAGGCCCGAUUCAAAGUGCUGGUACUAACAUUCAAAACCCUAAACGGCUUGGGACCAGGUUAUUUGAAGGAACGCCUCCUCGCAUUUGUACCUGCCCAGACCUUAAGAUCAUCCACAGGUCCACCUAGUGCCUACACUGUACUCCUUUCGUCACCUGCUGAAGACCUUUUUAUUCUCUCAGUAUUUUAACACCUGAUUUUAACUUACACUUAAAUUUUACUGAUUUAAUUCUGUAUUUUAAUCUUAUAUCAAUUUCUGCUGUGUUGUUUUAUCCUGGUUUUGCUUUUAAUACUGUAUUUUAUAUUUGUGUUUUUAGAUUGUUGGUUGUUUUAUUAUGUUCUUCAUGGUUUUAAUUUUUGUG